GCGCCGACGAGCUUUUCCAGCGGCAGUUCAGCCAGUACUUUGCGUCUGGCGACUAUCCGAACGCCGCCCGCGUGGCCGCGCAGUGCAAGAGCGGCAUGCUGCGCACGCCCCAGACCAUCCAGCAGUUCAAGAGCGUACAGGCCGCGCCUGGCCAGCAGUCGCCGCUGCUGCACUACUUCAGCACGCUGCUCGAGUACGGCAAGCUGAACGCCCUGGAGUCCGUGGAGCUGGUGCGGCCCGUGGUGCAGCAGCAGAGGGGGCAGCUGGUCGAGAAGUGGCUCAAGGAGGACAAGCUCGAGUGCACCGAG